GAUCCACCUAUUCAUUAGUAUGAUUGUUUUGUUAUUCAAACUUCCAUAAAGACCUGCUCGCCCCACAUCAUUAAACCUGGAAGGAAUAGGUGAUGGCUGGAAGGCAAGGCAGUCAAGUGGUUAUAUUAGUUCUACUGAUUCAGAUUUCUCUGAGGACCUUUGUGAUGAUGAUGAUGGAAAGUUAUCUAGAAAUAGCCAGCUCCAGGAACUAGAGAAAAAUCUCAAUGAAGGGCAAAUGUUUACUGAAUUUCAAAAGAUUAAAAGGCGSAGCGAGAACUUGUCUGUUUCCACUGGUAGUCUUCCUGUGAAUGAUACAAGAAAUCGCUUUAAUGACAUUUUACCUUAUGAGGAUAAUAGAGUUCUUCUUAGUCCACGUAACAAUGCUGCAAAUAACAAUUACAUUAAUGCUAGUCAUGUCAAGAUGAAGAUAGGGUGCAGUKUAUACAAAUACAUUGCUGCACAAGGUCCGACUAAUGACACACUGCAUGAUUUCUGGCAAAUGAUUUGGGAACAGGAUGUGCGGUUGGUCGUCAUGGCCACCGAAGAAAAAAUCACCCGUGAAACCAACUGUAUGCGUUAUUGGCCAGAACAAAUUGGUGAAGAACAGAACUAUGGCCAGUAUCAUGUGGACAUUGAAGACAUACGUGACUGUUCACCUUACAAAAUACGACGUAUGAAACUUCGUCAUUCUCCUUCAAAACAAGCUCGUACUUUAUAUCAUGUACAGUUUACAGACUGGCCAGAUCAUAAGAUACCUGARGACCCAACUAAUUUCUUAGAAUUUUUGGAUCAAAUGGAAUCACUAAGGCAACUAACAAAUAGUAGUUUAGCACAUGGUGAAGAAAGACCUCCUGUUGUUGUACAUUGUACGGCAGGAGUAGGGAGAACUGGAGUUAUCAUUUUAACAGAUCUAAUGAUAGCGUGUGUACAGAAUAAUCAGCGCAUAAAUAUCCACAAGACCCUUGUACAUCUUCGUCGACAAAGAAUGCAGUUGGUGGCAAACUUUGGCCAGUAUCGAUUCGUUUAUACAGCAGUUAUACAUUAUCUCAAGAACAGCAGAUUAAUUUAGAUAUUUUGAUAUACAAUAUUCCAUUGCAAUACCUGCGUUACAUAUCUCAAUUCAACACAUCCAGUGCAUUUAACAUCAGUGACCAAUUGGAAUUGUGGGAAAUCACUAGAAUUACAGUAAAUCACUUAUUUUUUAUACAAAGUAAUAAGCAACAAUUAAUUUGAUAAUGAUCAAUCUAAUACCWAAGUGUAACUGUAGCUUUUGACAUUCCGCGCAUUCCCUAUGAGUGCCUAUGAGUGUGUCAGUCAAAUUGAAGAGGGUUGCCAGGCCACAUCCAAACAACAGAUCAUUAACAGAUCAUCUUUGCCAAUAUGGUACUGCAGGCAUUGAUAAAUAGAGAGUAUUCUUGAUAUAUCGUAAGAGUUACAUUCAAAGGAAUCAAAGUCUUGAUUAUCAUUACUACGUGGUCAUCAAUUCUAUGAUAUCCUGGCAUCAUUGCAUCUACAUGGUUUAUACAUUCAUUCAUUUGUGUAUGACAACCUUUCAAUUUGUUCUACUAUUAGAAACUAUAUAUACAAAUCAUGUGAACCAAGCCUUAAUUUCUAGAGUGUAUUUCUAUCGUAAAGCUUGAAAGAGCGUGCCAAGAAUAACAUUUUAACUGACAAUUUGUAUACAAAAYGAAAAGAUUUAUUUUUAUAUACAUCUUUUCUUUUAAGUGUAAAUAUGCUGAAGAAAGUCAGAGUGAAAAAAAUAAUAUGAGUAUGUUUAUUAUUGGAUAUUUUUUCUGUAAGGAUCUCUUUCCUCGCUUACUAACAAUUUUCAAUUACAGAUUUAUCUUAAUGGACGGUUUCUGAUUUUAUUUUAACUCAUGUGAUGGCGUGUAUUCUUUGUUUUCAAGUAACAUCAGAGCAGCCAUCUUGGAAGAAUUUCAACAAAAGAUUUCUCAUUUAGUAUCAAUUGUUCAUUCCUCCAACAUGGCUGUCAGUCUUUUAUCUUUUGAAUCUCAUUGGAAUGGUUGAAAACGAUUAAUUAAAGUAAAAAAGGCCCUAUAAUCCCGCAUUUCUCCUUCAUUGUAUUACAUUCACUGUCRGUUCCCUUUUAUUUGGAUAUCUUUUUAUUGAGAUGUAUUUAAUUUUAUAAAUAUAAGUUGAGUCAUCAAAUUUGAAAGAAAUGUACAUUGAAAAUAUUAUAUGUGUGUUCAAAAUAUUAAAUGAUCUUCUCUGGA